AUGUACAACUCCAAUAUCAAUGUCUGUAAAGCCCUUAUGGAAAGGGAGCUUGGUGGGCGCCGCCCGGGCACCGCUGUUCAACAACUGGAGGUACCUGACGCCCAUAUAUGCCGCUUCUCCCCCUGUGGCCAGUACCUCGUGUGCAUGGCCGCUGGCUUCACUCAGCUGGUGGUUUACCGCUUCACUGGCCCGCGGAUCAGCUGGAAGCAGCAGGAGCUGAGUGCGGCGGAACUUACUGCGCGGCUGGGGGCUUUUAGCUGCUUCUUCUCCCCGCUGUACCGGGUGCCGCUGGCGCCCGCUGGCGAGGUGCUGGCUCGCGAUGUGGUGAUGUUCAUGGUGGGGGGCAGUUUGCUGCUGCUGGCCUCCCACUCGCCCAUCAUGCCGCCGCCUCCAGCAGCUGCGGGUGGGGGUGGGGGCCCGGGCGGCGCCUCUGCGGGGGACCCCUCUGACCCGCUGUAUUCGCUGCCCUUCGCGGAGACCAUCACGUUGCACCUGGUCCGGCUGUCUGACGGCGUGCGGGUGGGCGGCAGCCGGCUGGAGUCCGAGCUCGUGGACCUGAGUGGCAGAUCCAGCAGUGUGGGGAUCUGCGUGCACGAGGACCUCAUUGCGGUGCUGGCGUUCCGGAGCCAGGUGAUUCACCUACUUCAGGUGCUCCGGGGAGGGGAGGAGGUGGUGCCGGUGCGCAGUCUAGGGCCUUAUGUGGCGGAGGAUGAUGAGCUGGUGCUACGUACGGCACAGGAGGCGGAGGAGAGGUGGAUGCGGGCACGGAGGACGGAGCAGCGGGCGCGUCAGGAGCCCGCCUCUGUUCCCCAUGCAGCGCCGCCGCUGCGUCGCAGCCACAACGGUGACUUGAUCCGCGCGCCGGAUACAGGCGGCGGCGUCGCCUCCACGGGGGCGGUGCAGCACACAACAGCAGCUCCUGCAGCGGGGGGGGCACCGGCCGCGGUUAGGCAUAGCGGCGCAAGGCUACCGUCAGCGGAGGGAGCCCCAGAAUGGCCCCUGGGCCCCAUGCCGCCACUGCACCCUCGUUACAGCGGUCUGGGCGCAGCCACGAACACCCGGCGGCUGCAGGAGGCGGAGACCGGUGGGCCGGCUGGAGAGGCGCACCCGGGUGGCGGACCGCCUGGCGGAGGUUCUGUGGUGCUGACUGCAGAUGUCGCCGCCGCCGCCGCCGCCGCCGACUCUGCCCCGGGUGGACUGGGCGGCGGCAGUGGACUGGGUAGCAGCGGCGGGCCCCCAGCGGGGCUAGUGCCCCCUCCUGCCGCGGUGCUUUACCCAACCCAUAGGGUGGAUGUGGACCCAGGCAGGGCGUCAACCGCCGCCGCUGGCCGCCCCGGUGCCGGCAACGGCGGCAGGUUGGGCCGCGCGGUGGCGGCCGCGGAUUUGGCAGCAGCGGCGGUGCACCAAGCGGCUGUACGGCGCCAAGCGCGGCAGCAGCAGUAUGACCAGCUUGCGGCGCAGGGUGGCCCCGGUCAUCCGCCCUCCGCUCGGCGCGGGGUGCAGGGCAGGGAGCCCGGUGCGGGGCUGCAGUUCGGUGUAGGCGACCGGGUGACCGGCGGGGAGGCGGGCGGGGUGCUAGCCGCGCCUCAGCCCCCGCAUGCGCACCUGGUCCCCAAUGUGGGUCAAGGCAGGGCCGCAUUGCUGCUGCCGCCGGACGGCAGAUCCGCACCUGCUGCCGGCGGGGCGGCAGCCGGCGGUGUCGGCGGAGUAGCUUGGGGCGGCAGUGGCGGCUGCAUCACGGGCAUCAAGCAGCGGUUGCUGGCGCACCUGUACCUCAACUGCCUGCGGGCGCACCCUAACAAUCCUCGGCGGCAGCAGCGGGAGGCUCUGACGCUGUUUAGGCAGCUGGACACGUACCGCUCGUUGCUCAUGCGCAAGGUCUACAUUCUGGACCGUAGUCGACUGCUCAUCGACAUGCGCAAACCCGUCAGCGCUGACUUAGGGUUGUCGGCCUUUGGCGCCGGCUCCCUGGCCUCCGCUCCCCCCGGUGGCGGACCUGGUCUGCCGCCCUCGCAGUACUUUCUGCUGUUCGACCUGCAGGCCGCCCGAGUGGUCAGCUUCGAAGCCAGGCUGGGGCCCGUCAGGGAAGGGGCAGGUCCCGGGGACGAGCUGAUCGAGUCGUACAUGCGGGAAGCCACGUCAGGCGCGGUGGAGCCCUGGGCGGAGUCGUUGCCUCUUUGGGACAGAUAUGUGUACGAUAAUGUUGUGACGGCGGCGCGCAACAAGCUGCGAGUUGGUGCUGGCGGCGGCGGUGGUAGUGGCGGCCCCGGCGGCACCUCCGCUGGCGCAAGGGCUUCGGGACUCGCCAUCGGCGGCGGUAUCGGCGGUGUGGAGGCCGCAGCGCUCGGCGUGCUGCCAGUCGCCCCCAGCAGUGCUGCCUCAGCCGUUGCGGAGCGGGCAAACUGCGCAGGCAAGCUCAUGCAGCUGCUCCCUCCCGUCAGCGGCAGCUACACCCUCAGCAGCAGCCCUUAUCUGGAUACCUUGCUUUUCAACUACGAUGAACGCGUGGUUUCGCCGUACAUUCGUACACGGUCAUGCCUGGAGCAGCCCGUGUUUUUCCGGCUCCGGAACCGUCCAGAUCGCGCCAUGUUUCGGUUGGAUCCGGGGCCGUACGAAGCCAUGGUGGUACGCGACAGGCGCCUCACGCGCAACGUGACUCACUUGAUCCAUCCCGAUGUUCCUUUCGCAAUGGCGGUGUUUGGCGUCUUUCAACAGAGCACACUGAACAUUAAUUUUAGGAUAUAG